GCCGGAAGCGGAACCCCACCCCCCUCCAUCACCCCCCCACCCCACAUGCCAGGCCGUGAUGGCGUCCAGCAGCAGCGACUUCUACCUGCGCUACUACGUGGGCCACAAGGGGAAAUUCGGCCACGAAUUCCUCGAGUUCGAGUUCCGACCCGACGGUAAACUUCGGUACGCCAACAACAGCAACUACAAGAAUGACGUGAUGAUCAGGAAAGAGGCGUACGUGCACAAGUCGGUGAUGGAGGAGCUGAAAAGAAUCAUCGAGGACAGCGAGGUCACCAAGGAGGACGACUCCAUGUGGCCGCCACCCGACCGCGUCGGGCGACAGGAGCUGGAGAUCGUGAUUGGCGAUGAGCACAUUUCCUUCACCACCUCCAAGAUCGGCUCGCUCAUCGACGUCAACCAGUCCAAGGAUUCGGACGGGCUCCGUGUAUUCUAUUACCUCGUCCAGGACCUCAAGUGUCUCGUGUUCAGUCUCAUCGGACUCCACUUUAAGAUCAAACCCAUCUAACGCGUGCGCACGCACACACACACACACUCGGACAUUUGCAGACACGCGUGCACACACAGUUAACACCCAUGUAGCGCUACUCAAUAACACACACACACACACAUACGGGUGCAUGCACUCUGUGCGCACACGCAGGUGUGAUCCGGUGAUGAACCACAAUAUUCACUCCCAUAAAUUCCCCACUCCCGAGCUGUGUGGCAGGGCAAGGGUUAACGCUGAGGACGCUUUACCAAAGUUAAAGUGAAGCUAAAAAGGGAGUGAGGUUAAAGGGGGCGGGGGUGGGGGCGCGGGGUGAGGCUGGGUGGCGAUCGAGGCAGGGGAACACGGGAAAAGGGAGAAACUCCUCCCCCCCCCACACUGCUGAGACACAUCCCUGGACACAUCCCUGGACACGUGCUCCCCCCCGUGAGCUCAAGGCCAGAUCUUCCACUCGGCUGUAAGCAGCUGAGGGGUGACGUCGCCCUGAGUGACGGGACGGGGCGGUGAAUUACGCGACGGCGAAUUUUCGGGGCGACGAGUGGGUUAUCAAACACUUCAAACUUUUUUAAUUAGCCGAAUAAGUCAUCACGAGGGGUUUUUUUUUUUGCUACCUUGGCGGUGGUUACCGAUUUUUCUGCUUUGACCAGUGGACUAAAAGUAACUUGAGUCCAGCCCUAACAACAAAAAACUAGGAAACUUUUUUAUUUUACCAGGGUAAGGCCCAUUGAGCCAAUUAGUUAUUUCGCAGAAGCGACCUGGCUAUCACAAGUGAUGGCUCAACGGGGAGUGGCCUAUCACGUGGACGUUUAAAGCAGCAGCCAAAUACUCCAAACGCACGCUCAUUCUGAAUGUGGAGGGAAAAAAAUCCAAGGGUAACGGAUAACAAAAAAAUUCCACGCGACCACGGGGAUAGAGGGAGACAGGCAAACUCCCAAUAUAGAGCAGGUACGAGCCCACCUCGGACUCCUGCCGUACCAGGUGAGGCAGUUAACAUCUCACCAUCACGGUGCCUCCGAGUUCCGAGGGAAAUCCGCACCAGCGAGCGCCAGGAAGGAACACAGAUCAGGGCGGGUUCUUCACAUUUGCUAGGGCACCGCGGGGGGUGAGAUGUUAACUUCCUCGCCUGGUACACAGGAGGUCGUGGGUUUGAUCCCUAGCCUGACGCCUGCUGCUGUAUAGUUUUCGUUUCCGUGUCUCUCUCCCCGUGGUCGCAUGGGUUUUUCUCCCGAGUCCUGUGGUUUUUUGCUUCCACGUUUGGACUUUGGAAUCGACGUCGCGCGUCUAAGAGCGUAUUCCGCUGCCAUACACUUCCACGUGACGACGACGAUAGGCCGCCGCCGCUUGGCUGCGCUGUCGUCGUUUGUGAUGGCGAGGUCGCUCAUGAGUGGAUCUUGACCCGGAACAAAUAAAGACAAUUAACUUUAGUUGAAAAGUUUGAUGAGAUUGGGUUAAUGUUUAACCCAUGGUGACUUGCUCAAGGUGUAGUGCUCGAAACGAUCUUUUUUUGCGCUGGAUGGGUUUUAGCUCGAGUCUCGCGACACGUUUUUUUGUUUCGUUUCGUUUGUUCCAUCGCGGUUGUUGGGAGGUUUGGCGUCGUUUUCAUACAUUGUUGCGUUGGGCGAUGACGGCGAAUCGUUUAAAUAAAGCUCGAGGUUAACUGCGGGUGCAACCGUCUGCUCAAAA